AUCGUCCCAGGCGUUCUCGCUCUGCAUUGUGUUCUGAAAAAAUACCUAAAAUUACGGUAAAACGGCGGAUUUGCGAGGAUGGGGAUAGUGCUUCGUGAAAAGUGAUAGUUGGAGAGGGAAAACAGAUAGGAAACAAUCAUGACCGAACGGUGGCACAUGAACAGUUUGGUGACGACGAAAAGUGGUUUAGGUGUUGGAAGCGCGGAAGGUGGCGGCACAGCAAGUGGCGGCGGCAGCAACGGUGUAGGCAAUCAUGGAUCCAGCUUAGGGAAUGGCAACACGGCGGCCGGAACGACUGACCUCAGCACGGCGGGGAGUGUGGGCGGCGGCGUCAUUGGCGGGGCGCAUGCCUUCGGUGCGGCGAACGGAGAAUCGGGCAUCCUCCGCAAAACGGGACACUACCAUCACCAUCAUCAUCACCAUGGCGGCACCCAGGAGAACUUCGACGAUCUGCUCGUCUUCGGUUACUCGUGCAAAAUCUUCCGCGACAACGAGAGGGCACGAUACAUCGAUCAGGGCCGUCACCUGAUACCGUGGAUGGGCGACAAUCAGUUGAAGAUAGACAGAUAUGAUGCCCGCGGUGCGUUACACGAUCUCGCACCCUACGAACCACCGCCUGGUGGUUAUCGAGAUCGUCUGGAGGGUUUAACGGCGGCCGAGCAGAAGGCGGAACAGUUGUGCGAGGAAGAGCGCUACUACAGCCUUUACCGGAACGAGGUGGAAGAGGAAAUCGCUCAAGAGGAAAGCUUAAAGCGACAGCUAAAGUUGGGCACCGAAAUCCCAUUCGAUUAUGAUGCCCCGCCACAGGAAGGAGCAACGGUGGCUACUGUUGAGCAGCGUUCAGCUUCAGGCAACGAGCAAGACGAUGAUCCUUAUGUACCGCUGGCUAACUUUGAAAUUCCUUCCGACAUUCCACUCCCGGACACGAUGAAGGAACAUGCAAUCAUCGAGAAAACAGCUAAAUUCAUUGCCUCGCAGGAUGCGCAAAUGGAGAUACUGCUCAAAACGAAACAAGCCAACAAUCCACAGUUUGACUUUCUCAACCAGAGCGGCCACCUGUUCCGCUACUAUCGGCAUGUGCUGCUAGCUUUUCGCACCAAUCAAUACCCGAGCAGCAGCAGCACCAGCGGCAGCGAACAGCCGGAAGUGGGUGGUGGUGAUGAUGAGGAGCCGAACUCGCAGCAAAAUGGCACAGCGACAGUAGUCACUCCGAGCGUAGUCGUUCCGACCAUCAAGUACAAGCCCUCGGCGGAUUGUGCUUACACUCAGCUGAUAAGCAAAAUUACCGGAGCACCAAUACCGACGGUAUCGGCGUCCGAAGGAGGUGAGCAAUCGCCUUCGUCCGGAGUGUCGACCCCGACGGGGAUAGAGAAGAAGCUGCCGGUUUCCACCGGUUUGGCAGGGUUGGUGCAGUAUGAUUCGGGCAGUAGCGAUGAUGACGAAGACGGCGACGAUGACAAUGAUGCCAAUGAGAACUCCGAUGCACAACGUAAACGUAAAUCGAAUGAACCGAAGGAAUCUAAAGCUAGACCGCUUUCACCAUUCCAAGGGGUAGUACCUGCACUGACGAUUCAGCACGUGAUUGAUCGGACGGCCAUCUAUGUGGCGAAGAACGGGUACAGCUUUGAGGAAGCUCUGCGCGCCAAGAAUGAUCCACGAUUUGUCUUUCUCAAUCAAACACAUCAAUAUUACCCGUACUAUGCGUACUGUGUGCGCCAGCGAAUGAACGGGGGUGAAAAUGGAACGGCGCAAACAUCUGGUUCAUCGCUUCCGGCAGCAGCUGCAGCACCCAAUUCACCUCCCAAAGUAACGGUUCGAACGGAAACAGGAAACGGUACUGUGGUGGAGACAACGCCUAGUUUGGGCAUUAAAGCGGUCCAUACCGCGGCACCGAAAGUGGCGCCGGUAUCAUCAACAAAAAUUCAACAUCAAAAGCUGGGUGCACCGGUCAGUUUUAUGCUUCCUCGCAAAGCAAAAGAUGAUACCAGUAGUAAAAUGUUGGGAAGCGAUGAUGAUGAAGACGAACAGCAGGUGCGAACUGUCCAGCCAGAGGAAGGAGCGAAGGAAAGCCAGGAGCAACUGCCUGAGCCACCGAAGCAGGAAUCUAAACUCAUUGAAACGACGAAACGAGUGAAAGAGGAACUUCAACCAAAGCCUCCCAUCGCCAUUUUAUACAAGGAAGAAACGGUUGAGCCCCUGCCGGAGCACGUACAAGAAGAGAUCGAAAAGGCAACCGCAGUGGCAGACGAAAGCCAAACAAACUCGCCCACCACGAACCUAGAACCGACCGUCUCGAAGGAAAAGCAAGCUGAACGCAAGAAACGGGCCAGCAUGUUUGUCAAUCUUAUCAAGCACGUGGAUCGUAAGCCAUCGGCCGAUGAACGAGAGCACGUUCCAGAGGCGAGAGCGCGGAUCAUCGAUGGUGGCCAUAUCGCUAGCGAUGUGGAGGAAGGAUCGGUACAAUCGAUUCGCUCCACCAGCUUAUCGCCAAAGGAUCAGAAAGCCGGAAGCGGUAACACCACUACUACCACCACCACGAUAAUGACGACCACGGUGAUCGAGGAUGAUGAUGACGAUGAUGACGAUGUGGUGCUGGUAAGUGAAACGCGGCCCGCGCCCGUUCGACGUUCCCGGACUCGCUCACGUUCUCCACAAAGCCCCAGAAAAAAAUCGAUCGAACGGUCGAGCGAUUCUCGUCGGACGAAGAAGAAAAAAUCUAAAAGCCGUCACCGAUCAUCACGGGCAAAGUCGAAGUCGAAAAAGUCGAAGAAAAGAAAAUCCCGCUCACGAUCCCGAUCGCGGGGGAAGCGAGAGCGUAGUAGAACGCGUCGUGAUCGCAGCAAAACAUCCAGGCGGAGAGGACGCAGUAGUAGUAGCACUAGUAGCAGUAGCCGCAGCCGUAGCCGCAGUCGAAAACGAUCGCAAAGCCAUACGAGCAGCCGAAAUAGUCAUGUGAAGCGGCGCACCGAUGUUCGCCGGCGAGCCCACUCGAGCUCUUCACCGUCCAGAUCACGUUCUCGCUCACGGUCGGCUGGCUCAGCAUCCGGUACUAAACGGUCUCGAAGAAGUGAACGUUCGCCCGUGGAAUCGUCGAAGCGAAAGGGCAGGAAAGAUCGUUCACGGGAAUCUAGUCGCGAUCGGAAGCGUAAGAAGCCGCCAAAGGAUCGAUCCACUAGUCGAGGAUCGCACCGGAAAAGCGAUAGUGAUUCGGAGAGCCGCCGUAGGCGACAGCGACAUCGAAAGAACAGGACGGUCGGUGAAGGUCACGACGAACGGUAUACUGCUCCGUCGAGAGCGAGGUACUGGGAUUGCUAGAGAAUCCAACGAAAUCAUAUCGGAUCGAUCAGGUGUGGUUAGGAGGAGGUACGGAGCCUAAUAACAAAUCACUAGGGAAUUGAUUGGGAUACGUAGAUAUUGUAGUGUAAAGUGGAAGGUUUUAAUAAAACUUCUUUUUUUCUUAACUGAUA